AGAUUCCCGAGUGCGACCGCUGAGUUCGCAUACAUACCAAGGAUAUCGUCGUUGCUAGGCACAUCCCAGUUCGGAACAUUUCUUGACGACACCUCGCAUCUGGCGCACAAACGAUUCUUACUUGUGGAGAGCGGCAGAAAGAAGCAGGCAAAAUGUUGGGCAUAUCAUACUGGUUCAUUCCUCUCUUCUCAGGAUGCGUGUGGCUGGGCACUCUCCUGGCCAUGCUGGGAAGAUGGCUGGCUAUUGGUAGUCCGCACUACGUUUCGUUCAACGCCGGCCAACGCAUUGCGUACAUCUCCGACAUUGGUGCCACAAACUGGGGAAAGCCGCUAUUCAUUGCUGGAAGUGCAGUCAGUGUUGUGGCAUUCGAUCUGGUGUUCAUCGCAGAGAGAUGGUUGCGACACCGCGGACGUCUGACGCAGAAUUACAACCUGACGGAAAAGAUUUUGAGCGUCUGCGCUACGCUUGCUGCCAUCGUCGGUGCUGCAGGUCUCAUUCUGCUUACCAUCUUCGAUACCAGAAGGUAUCCACAUGUGCACGAUGCGAUGUUGGUAGUUUUCAUCGCUGGCUACAUAAUAUCCGCCAUAUUCAUCUGCGCUGAGUACCAACGCCUCGGAAUCCACUACAGAGACCAGCGAAUCCUUGCCCAUUCUUUCUGGAUCAAGCUUGCGUUCAUCUUCGUGGAACUGGGUCUUGCGAUCGCCUUUGGUGUUUUAGGCAACCAAGGCCACUACAACCGCGCCGCAGUUAUCGAAUGGGUCAUCUCUCUCAUCUACAUCUUCUAUCAAUGGAGUUUCAUCAUCGAUUUCCUCCCAGCGACGCAGACCAAGAACAAGAACGAUCGCUAUCUCCCGCCUGUCAAGAGAAAGGAUGAUGAAAUGGCGAUGAACACGGAGGCGAAUGGAAACCAGCUGGGAGGACCAGUGUACACAAGCGGUGGAUACGGAAGCGAUGGAAGCACCGCAGCAAUGAACGGAACAAAUGGCAGACAGAAUGUGGCCCCGUCACAGAACUUUUAAAAGAAGGUCGACGUGAUUUGUGGCUUAUGCGAGGCGUUUAGCGAUGUGCACAGAUUGGAUACAGUACAAUGAGCAUGGCCUCAAAGCAAAAUGUAUAAUGACUAGAUAAUGCUACUCUAUGCGAGAUGAUCUUUUAUUUUCC